GCAUAUAGAGAUACAUACUAGUACCGACGGUACGAAACUUGGGACACCGCUCCGGGGCGCGGCUUCCAGGUCUCCCACACGCUCAAGGUGCCCGGCCGGCCGCAAGCCGUCCGACUCAGCAUAGAAGCGCCCUCUCUCAACUACGCUGCCCCAAAGCCUAUAUCAAGGCGCCAAAUUGGGUAGCUUUGGCCCGACGCGAUCACUGCUCGGCAGACAACAGCGCCAUAUGGUCGCAGCGGCACCAGGACGACGAAGAGCUGCGGUGUGACGCUAGCGAACUAACGACGACGGCGCGCAUUGGCCCACUAUGGAGAGCCCUCGUCCGCGCUGCGAGGCCAUGGAGGUCCGCGCCGCCAUGGCACCCCAGGACAACCUCGAGGGCAUGAGCUUCCCGCGGCUCAAGGCUCUGGCGGCGGCGCGCGGCGUCGACGUGUCGGAUCUCCGUGAGAAGGCGGAGCUCGUCGCGGCGCUCGGCGCUGCGGCCUGGCGCGAGGCGGCGCUAACCGCGGCGCUGAAGUGCCUGCCCGCCGAUGCGACGGCGCGCGCCGCCGGGCGUUCUGCCGCGCAUGCGGCGGCGCAUGCAGCCUUCCUGCGGCGGCGGCGCGGCGAGGCUUCGUCCGACGAGGACGACACGACGGCCGUCGUCGCUGCGGCGACGGCGGCCGCCGAGGCUGCCGCCUCCGUGCACCCCAAGAUCCAGGAGGCGGUCGCCGAGGCGCUCGUCGUGCGCGCGCGGGCGUUGCGGCCCGCGCCCAAGCAUCCGACGCGGCCGUGGAAGUGCUACGUCUGCACGCUGCCCUUCGGCACGUGCGAGCACACGCGGAAAUGGUUCGCGCUGCAGGCGAGCCAGGCGAGGACGGAGCGGGAGGCCAAGCUGGCGGCCGCGACGAACGAGGCGGCGCUCUCCGUCUUCGAGCGCCGCGCGCCCGCGCGCGGCAUCGAGGUCGAUUCUGGCGACACUUGGCUCAAGGAGGACCUCACGAGUCUGGCGCGCGAGGUGCUGCACCACUCGCCGCCGCAGCCGCCGUCGCCGCAGCCGUGGCGGCCGCCCGGCGCGCCGGUGUGCGCGUGGAGCGCCCUCUACACGACCGAGGCGGUCCCCGGCGCGGGCCGGCCUGCGCCACGUGCCGACCACACGCUCGUCGCGCUCGGCCGCGACCGCCUCGUCUGCUUCGGGGGCCGUGCCCUCGUGUCCAAGUUGCCGAACGCGCCCGCCAGGGCGUUCCGCGCGUACGCGACGGUGCUGACGGCCCCGGGCGUGCGGACCGAGCGCCUACCCGAGCAGACAAUUCGGUACUACGGGCCCGAGGUCCACCUUUUGGAUCUUGAGGCCGACCAAAGGGUGUGGCGUCACGUCGCGCCGCUGGCCGAGCCCGAGCUGAUCGCGCCGCGCGCGGGCCAUUGCGCCGUCGCGCUCGACGACGAGCGCAUGUGGGUCUUCGGGGGCCGCGGCGACCGGGGGCGCUAUUUCCACGAUGCGUUCGUGCUGCGCCUGCCGCGGCCGGCGCCAAUCGAUCCGCGCAUCGACCCCAAUCAGAAGGAGCGGCGGCGGCUCGAGCGCCUGCGCGAACCCGCCUGGGUCGCGGUACCAGAAAACGGUGGCGAGGCGCCCGAGCCGCGGUGCGCCGCGGCGGCGGCGCGCUGCGGCGACGGCAAGGUGUGCGUCUUCGGAGGACGCGACGGGACUACGUGUUUCGGGGGCCCCUGGCUCCACGACCCCCGGCUCGGCACGUGGUCGCGGCCCGCGGUGCUGGGGGCGCCGCCGCCGAACUGCUUCGGCCACGCGCUCGUGGCGCUGCCGGCUGCCAAGGUCGAGCCAGGCGCUGCUGGCGCGUUCCGCGCCGAGGUCCCAGUGACACGGCUCCUGGUGCUCGGCGGGUCGUCCGUCGGUCCCGGCGCGGCCACUGCGUCCACGGAGCGCGCGCGCGCGGCCGACCGCCGCGCCGCGGCCGUGGCGGUCGCCGUCGGCGAUGCGCAUGCGGCCGAGGGCCCGGCCGCGGUCGCGAGCCUGAGGAACGGCGAGGCGGCCGCCGCCUUCAAGGCCCUCGCCGCGCCGCGCGCGGCGGGCGCGGCGCGCGCCGCCGCGCGGUCGCUGGCAGCGGCGCAGGCGGCGGCCGCCGGCGACGCUUUUCGGCGCGAGGAGGACGUGGCACGCCUCGGCGACGCGCUGCUGGCGAUGGGCGACCGAUCGGGCGCCGCGCCGCGCGCGCUCGCGGAAGUGAACUCGCUCUGCGGCGCGCUGAAGGUGCUGGACGUCAAGAAUAGCGAGUGGGUCGACGUGCGCGUGGGCGGCGCCGACGUCGCGGCGCGGCACGACUUUUGCUGCGCAUUUCUGGGGCUGCGUGCGUGCUUUGCCGACCGUGCGAUCGCACUGGGAGGGCGCGCUGGCGCGGGUGCCCCCCCCGCCGGGGAGACGGCGCUCGAGCCGCACGUGCUGGACCUGCGGGAAUUGGCGUGGACCUCGCCGGCGCCACGCGGGACGGCGGCCUCGGUGGAGCCCGCAGUGGUUGAAGCGCGCGCGCGCGCGCGGGCCGCUGCCGUCAAAGCCGGAGCGGCGCGCGACCGCGCGCGGUGCCGGGGGGACGCGCCCGACGGCGACCUCCACGUCGUGGCGGCGGCCGACGCGGCUUCCUCACAAGCCGCCGCCCUCGCGGACACGAGGCAAGCAUUGAGGGAGGCGCCCGCGGCGCCGCCCAUAGCGCGCGCGGGCUGCGCCAUGGCGGCGAUCGGCGACCGCGUCUUCGUGUUCGGGGGCGCGGCCCUAGACGACGGCGCGCCGCUCGACGACCUCGUGGUCCUGGAUCUGGAGGACGCGGCCGGCCGGGAGCAGCGGGAGACGGUCGAGUUCCACGAGAGAUUGGAAAGGGAGCGCGUCAGGCGGGACGCGGAGGAUGCGCGUGAGGCGAAGCGCGUGUCAUAUGUCCGGUGCCGAAUCAAAAUUUCGCGGCAGUUUUUGCACUGAAUGAUCGCAUCGACGUCCCCGCGCGACGCGACGUCUGCUCGAUGGCGCGGCAGUGCGGGUCCCUCACCGCUUGACUUAGCCAGCAGGCCCGCGUCGUCGCCGAGAAAUGAGUUCGCGAAGAAUUAGGCACUCGACUCACUGGUUGAUUUCCACACAGGGCGUGGGAGACGUAUUGGUUAUUAGAGCGGUGGGCGGCAAACGAGGCGAUCGAGUGCGUCUGGUUCGGUGCCGAGCACGUGCGCUCGGCUGUACCGCCGCUGACGGUUGCGCCGCCCAUUUUACUCCACAAGGCCUCGCCGACGACGCUGUGGCUGCGGUGGCGCGCCGUGCCGCGGGAUGCGCGGCGAAAGCCGUGCGAGCCCACGUUCUUUCUGUGCAUGCGCGGAGGGUUCCGCGAGCUGCGCGUCGGCGAGGCGGUGCUUGUGGAGUGGGAGCCGCGGCCCAGGACGGGCGACAACGCGACGGACGCGUCCGACGCGUCCGACGCGUCCGAGAGCGCGCCGCUCCUCACGGAAUUCACCGGCGUCAUCGUCGUCGACCAGCGGGACGGCACGUUCGACGUGCAAUACGAGGACGGGAUGCAGGAGCGGAGCGUGCCGCGGCGGCGGAUCCGCCACGAAAACGUAGGGGCAUGGACGCCCGUCUACGCGGGCACGGACAACUCGUACGCCGUCGAGGCCCUCGUACCCGACCGGGCGGUGCGCGACGAACCGGGCCUGAGCGUCGCGUGCGAGUUCAUGCUGCGGACGCAGGGGACCGAGUACGGCUGGGACAAGGUUUCCCACGAGGUGGUCCCGUCGCCCGAGUUCUCGCGGCCGUCGCCCAUUGCCUCGUUCCGCACCGGCGUUGUGCCAGCACCGCCCGAGCCCGAGCGCGACGCGCGCGGGAAUAUUGUCCCGAAGCCCGCCGAGUUCCGCUCGUGCGGGGCGGGGCGGCAUUUCGUGUAGAAAUUUCCAACCCCUAGUGUGUGCGCCUCCGACUCCCGAGCUGCUGACGCGUCUAGGUUCUCGAAUGCGACGUCUAGCCUAAUUCCCGGAGCGGAGGAGUAGUGGACCUGGUCCGACGGAUCUGGGACUCAGUGAGGCUAUGAUUGGGCUGAGUCCUAGUUUAUUCCAUUUUACGAGCUCGUACCCUCCCAUAACGUUUACAUCUCUUACAUAUGCGUCCCUCGGCUGGACUCGGAGAGAGGGCGUGGGAGGUGACCACUGGAGUGCUAAAGUGCUAGAGUGCUGUGCUAGGUGCGAUGCAGGGGGAAAUAGAGUGUGUA